AAAAACAAAAUCAAGUGCCAAAAUAGUGCCCCCCCCCCCAAAAAAAAGACUGAUCCACCCAUCGAGUGUCCACUGUGAACACAUAAUUGGGAUAAACAAUAAAUUGGCCAGAGGCCAACCAAAAGAAGCAACGAAGCAACGAAGCAGCGAAGCAACGAAGAAGCGAAGAUCAGAGCCAGCGGAAGAUCAAACAGGCAACAGACAGCCAACAGGUGGAAGGAAGACCCCUAGACGUAUCCGCAUCCCCCUCUCGAGAGAGUUCCAGUCCAUGCCUUGGGAUGUCCCAGUCCCAGUCCCAGUCCCCAGAUGAGGAGCAGGAACAGGCAGAGGAGGCCGAUGCCGAUCCGCUGGCCAAUCUGCUCAGCCUCCAGUUACGCAAGCCCCCGCACUGGAACUGGGAGCUGAGCACCUCCCGCAGUUGCAGCAACAUCGCCCUGCCACGCAUCCUGCUGUACGACCACACGGGCGCCCUUCUAGUCGACGCCCACAGCGGCAGCGAGCAGACCUAUCGAUCCACCGAUCUGCCACAGGGACAGCGAGAGCUGCAGAGGAUCCGCCGCAAGAGAUCGGCCACCUCGAAUCUGAGCGGCUGCCUGGCACGCGACUUCAAUGGCCUGCAUAUCGCCGAGGCCACGCCCAGUCCGAGCAGGAGCAGGAGCCGGGAGCAUUCUCACACGGCCAGAGGCAGUUGCAUUGAGAUCAACACCCACGAGCUGCCCAACUGGGAGCCCGGCAGUGGCAGUGGCUGGGGCAGCGGCAGCUCCCGUCGCUCCAGCUCGCUGCGGGGCGUCCGAUUCCUGGAGUCCCCCAAGCCGCUCGUCGAGGAGGAGGAGGAGGAGGAGGAGGAGGAGGUGGAGGUGGAGCUACCCGUGUAUCCAACGCCGCCGUCCACAUCCACGACCACCAUGACCACCACCACGGCGAACUCGUCGUCGUCAGGGCCGCGAGAGAAGCGGCGCUACCGGCGCUCCCACAGCUCCAUUCUGGAGCGGUUCAGCCUCUCGCGUGGGCGCCACUCAUCGCCGGAGUACGCCCAGGAGCAGGACGUGGAGAGGGCGCCGCGCUACUAUCUGCGGACCAGCAAGGCGGGUACCCUGGUCAUCCGGGAGGAGAGCUUCAGCCGGAUGCGACAGCGCCGCCGCAGGCCGCCAAAACACUCGUCCAGCGAGAACAUCCUCCAGGAGCGUUCGGAGAGUGCCCAGAGUGCCGUGCAGGUCACGACACGGAGGCGCCAUCAGGAGGCGGCGGCAGCGGCUGCCGUCUCCACCUCUGAGGAGGAGGAGCAGCGGGAGGAGAAGCUCCGUCACAGCCACGGGCGACAGUCGCGCGGCAGACGACCGCAGCGCAGCUGCAUCAAGGAUGUGGCCCAGGAACUCAUUACGGUCGAUCCCGAUAAUUGUGUCUAUCGUGCGGCGCCGGGCGCCACAGCACGCUAG